AUGUCGGCCAACGGUGGCGCUGCCAUCUCCGGUGGAAGCCCCAACCGUAAACGACAUGUCCGUGGUAAUCGUUUCUACAGUCCACCACCGCUUCGUAAAUACAGAGAAAAACAAGAACAGCAAAGGUCUUCGCUUUCAAGAACUUCCUCAGAGAAUAGACCCGGUUCUUCUUCCGAUUGCUCGAUUUCUUCGCGUGCCACAUCUGAUAUGUCUAAUUUGGAUCGAUUUUUGAAGUACGUUACGCCCAAUGUUCCCGCACAAUAUCUUCCAAAGAGUUCAAGAAGAUGGAAAACUAAGGAGGAGGAUUUACUUCCGUACUAUGUACUUGGAGAUUUGUGGGAAUCUUUUAAGGAAUGGAGUGCAUAUGGGGCGGGCGUUCCUUUGGUGUUGAAUGGGAAUGAAUCUGUGACACAGUAUUAUAAUGUCUCUUUGUCUGCCAUUCAGCUUUAUAUUGAUCCUUCGAAACCUUCCAUGCGGUUAAGGAAAUCCAGUCAAGAAAGUGACUCUGAAUCAGCUAGAGAGACAAGCAGCGAUAGUAGCGGUGGCCACUGUCAUGAAAGAGGACCAAAGACCAAUCACAGUAGUAGGAAUCAUCUUAAUGCAUUGGAUGCAUGCAAUCAUGCUUUCGAAAGGGUCUCACUAAGUAAACCUGGUUCACCAAGUAAACCUGGUUCACCAAGUAAACCUGGUUCACCAAGUAAACCUGGUUCACCAAGUAAAUCUGGUUCACCAAGUAAACCUGGUUCACCAAGUAAAUCUGGUUCACCAAGUAAACCUGGUUCACCAAGUAAAUCUGGUUCACCAAGUAAAUCUGGUUCACCAAGUAAAUCUGGUUCACCAAGUAUAUCUGGUUCACCAAGUAUAUCUGACUCACCAAGUAAAUCUGACUCACCAAGUAAAUCUGGUUCACCAAGUAAAUCUGGUUCACCAAGUAAAUCUGGUUCACCAAGUAAAUCUGACUCACCAAGUAUAUCUGGUUCACCAAGUAUAUCUGGUUCACCAAGUAAAUCUGGCUCACCAAGUAAAUCUGGUUCACCAAGUAAAUCUGGUUCACCAAGUAAAUCUGGUUCACCAAGUAAAUCUGACUCACCAAGUAAAUCUGGUUCACCAAGUAUAUCUGGUUCACCAAGUAAAUCUGACUCACCAAGUAAAUCUGGUUCACCAAGUAAAUCUGCUUCACCAAGUAUAUCUGGUUCACCAAGUAAAUCUGACUCACCAAGUAAAUCUGGUUCACCAAGUAAAUCUGGUUCACCAAGUAAAUCUGACUCACCAAGUAAAUCUGGUUCACCAAGUAUAUCUGGUUCACCAAGUAAAUCUGACUCACCAAGUAAAUCUGGUUCACCAAGUAAAUCUGGUUCACCAAGUAAACCUGGUUCACCAAGUAUAUCUGGUUCACCAAGUAAAUCUGACUCACCAAGUAAAUCUGGUUCACCAAGUAAAUCUGGUUCACCAAGUAAACCUGGUUCACCAAGUGAAGGGACUGAGAGCUGCAACACUCCGGGUCAGCUUAUAUUUCAAUACUUUGAGCACGAGACACCUUAUAAUCGUGAGCCAAUAGCAGAUAAGAUUUCUAGUCUUGCAAGUCAAUUUCCAGAGCUGAAGACAUACUGGAGCUGUGAUCUUUCGCCUGCGAGUUGGGUUUCACUGGCUUGGUAUCCAAUAUAUAGAAUACCUACCGGUCCAACACUGCAGAGCCUGAAUGCCUGCUUUUUGACUUACCAUUCCUUGUCAACAGUUUUACAGGGUUCAAAUACAGAACCGCCUAACAUCCAUUAUUCAAGAGGUAGGGACAUAUCCAAGCUAUCAUUACCAAUAUUUGGGCUUUCACAUCACAAGUUCAGAAUUUCUAUCUGGGAUCCGGACGGAGUUUCUGAAUCUCAGAAAGCCAAUUCUUUGGCACAAGCUGCUGAAGAUUGGCUUAGGCUAUUGCAAGUUACUCAUCCUGAUUACAAUUAUUUUAGGAAACAUUAUACAUAUUUGAGAUAG